AACCACGCUCAACAGGGAAGUUAUUUAGUCUGUACAACUGCAGGUCUAAACAGGUAGAUCUACGCAUUGCCAUGGAUUUGUGUACACAGGACAGACAUUUGUUGAUAUUACUUACCAGUCAAAUUUCAUCUUUCAAGGUUUGAUCAAACUUUUACAAUGUCAGCAGGAAAGUGACAGAUUUAUCAACAAACCUAGAGUGAAGUUCAUCCUGUGAUUGUGAAUUCCAGGGCUAGAUAAAUAUGGACAAUGUAAGUGAACCUUCUGAAGUGUGGAACGGUAAACCUGGAUUCAUCAUCACAGUAACCCUGUGACAGCAGUGAUCGUGGGGUAGUUAUUCUAUAGUAUUUUUAUAUUACGAAAUACUAAACAAACAUACACUACUGGAUGGGACAGUUAUAAGUCAAGUUUUCAUUUCUUUACAUAACAAACUCUUAUUUAUGAGUGUUUACUGAUAAUAUUAUAUUGAUUACUGAUAAUAUUAUAUUGAUACAAGAACAACAAACAUCUUCAACAUUUCAACAAAUAUUUCAGCUUUUUUUUUUUUUUCAAAAUGGCAACCCCUAUAAGCCAAAUACCUCUCCGUACUAAAGGUCAAACCACAUGUAUUCACCACAGGAGAAGACAGCUAGAAUUGUAUUGUGAAAAAUGUCAGGAACCGGUUUGUCUAAAAUGCCUUUCUUCUAUUCACAAAACUCAUACAGUGUGUGAGCUAAGUGAAAUCACUCCCCAGAAAGAACCAGACAUUAAAAACUUUAUAGACAGAACAGAAAAAAAUGACCUCGUGCAAAUUGGGAAAUACAUCACUGCUACUGAUACGCUCCUUAAAGACAACACCAGUGGUUUUGAAAAGCUGUCACAAAAGUUAAAAAUGCAAACAGAUAACUUAAAACAAGAGCUGGACUUGCUUACAGCACUGACACUCUCUCUUUACCAAAAAAUGGAACAGGAUAAUACCUCGCUGAUAAAUAAAUACAAACAGGACCUGGAGAUGUACGAGAAACAACUCAAACAACAAAUUCAUGAAUGCAAAGCAGCUCUCCAGCGUGGUUCACACAUACAGAUUUAUGAUACAUUUUGUGAGAUCCAUUCUCCUACACACAGUCUCCCUGUAAAACCUGUCCUGGGUACUGCCAACUUCACUCCAAAUGAAAACCCUCUAGAUCACUUAAAAAAAGCCUUGGGGAAAGUUACCACCUCAGGUCAAGGUCAAACUUUAACUGACCAGGAUCGGUCAGUCUCAACAUCUGAUGAUCGGGGACCCUCUACACAACAACAACAACAGUCGGGAGCCAAAGGGAAGAAAGCAGUGACAACAUACAAACUACUGCCACAGACCAAGGUAGUGGAGGAGUGGAAGUCUCCAUGUGACAUUGGUUCUAUAUGUCCCACCACUGAUGGUCAGCUGUGGACCAAGGCCAGUGACACAUUAACUCUCCUGGACAGGAAGGGUAAAGUAAUACAGAAGGUCAAACACAAUGUCUGGAUCAAUGGCAUCAGUCUGUCACCCACCACACACACACUGUGGGUCUGUGAUGAUAAAAAUAACAUCAUGGAGCUGGUAUCAGGACGACUGACUCACAGAUUCAGUACCAAGGAGGAACCCAGGUGUAUAUGUAUUACAGCCAGUAACCAUGUCAUUGUAGGGAUGACCAAACACAUCUCCAAAUUUACCACAGAUGGUAAAAUGGUGUGUACUACUAUGGCUAAAGGGACUGGGAAACCAUUAGUGUGUACACCAUACAGGAUCUCAGAGUGUCCUGUCACUCACAAUGUGGCAGUCACUGAUUUCAGUCUUGUAAGUGAUGGUGGUUAUGAAAAUCAACAUGUUGUUGUGAUGGACACUGAUUUCAAGGAGCUGUUUGUAUAUAGAGGUGACAUCCCCAGUACAUAUAAACCAACACCACAAACAGGAGGUGAACGAUUUUACCCCUGUGGUGUGGUGUAUGACAGUGUGGGGAACCUGAUCAUAGGGGACGAGGACAACUACAGGGUCCUACUCAUCAGUGGAGGUGGUGAGUUCCUCAGGGUCAUACACACAGACACAGACCGUACAUGGGCUGUAGGUAUAGACAGGGAGGAUGUCCUGUGGGCAGUGUUUGAGGGUGACAAUGUCAAACUACUACAGUACAGCAGUGUGUAGCACCUGUAACCAAACAACUAGUAUAUCUAGUUACAAUGACAUGGAAAUCAGAGAAAAAGGAAACUCACAUGAUUACAAUUCAACUACAGAUUGUGAGACAUUCACAGGAUUAUUAGUAAAGUGUCUAGACUACAGAUUGUGUGACAUUCCCA